AUGACUGAUUUCAGAAAAAAUUUAGGGGUUGACGCCACUAGCGCAUCGCCCAAAUCACUUAACUUAUCAUCCAAUUCAAUGAUAAUACAAAAGUCACAACCGAAUCCCAUGAAUCCUAUAAAGUUUCUUGAAGAAACUGAAGAAGAAUAUCUUGAAGAUCUAAAAUGCUUUAUUGAGAGAGUGAUCACAUGCUGGAAUGAUGGCAAUCCUCCCCCACCAGAAUUAGAUAUAAUGUUUCGUUUUAUUAAUGAUAUCUCUAAGAAAAGUAAAUCAUUUCGUUUGCGACUUUUGAAUGCAAUCGAAACGCAAACUACACAAAAUCUUGUUAACACAAUAACAAAAUGGAUAGAUGAAAUAGAAGAGCAAUAUUCAGAUUAUUGUAAAGAAUACCGAAAAGGUGUAGAUAUAUGGCCUGAAGUUGAAGGAAAUACUUCAUUACAAGGAAUUUUGAAUGUAACACCAAUAACUUUGGAAUCUCUUUUGGAUAUACCACUCAAGAGAAUUAGUUAUUAUAAAAAAAUAUAUAUGCGUCUUUCCAAAACACCUGAACUUGGAAAAUAUCAAUCAAGUUUGAAAGCUGCAAAUAAAAAAAUUCAAGCUAUUAUUGAUUUAGAAAAAAAAUCCAAAGCAUCACCAAAACCGAGAAUCCCAAUGACCCCAAAGAAUAAUUCUUUGCAAGAAUCAAAAACUGUAAAAACUGUGCAAAAUACGGAAAAUUUUAAUGCAAAUUCGAAUGCAAAUUCUAAUGUGAAUUCUAAUAUGAAUUCCAAAACGAAUCCUAAUGUAAACUUUUAUAUGAGUCUCAACCCGAAUCCUGCGAAUUCUAAUAUGAAUUUUAAUACAAAUUCCAAAACCAAUCCUAAUCCGAUUGCAAAUUCUAAUUUUAUUCCAAAUACUAAUGCAAAUUAUAAUCCUAAUCUUAAUGUAAAUUAUGAUACGAAUCCUAAUAAGAAUCCUAGAACUAACUCUAAUACGAAUCCUGAUACAAAUUCCAAUACAAAAGGUGUGAAAAGUGCAAAAGAUGCGAAAGGUGCAAAAGAUUCUAAAGAUGACAAAGAUGUAUUAGAUGCAAAUUCAGAUAUAAAUUCAUUGAAUUCUUCUCAAGAUUUCAAGAAUUUGCAUUCUCAAAAUGAUCCUAUGUCAGGUAAGAAGGGAUUAGAAUCAGAGAUAUUAAAGGAUUUCUUAAACUGGAAUCUACCAAAUGAUUCCAUAUCAAUAGAUUUCGAAAACUUGGAUUUAUCAAAUGAUUCUAUAUCAGUAAAUUCUACGGAAUUAAAAUCUAAUCAGCCAGUAAUACAUUUAAAGGAUUCCUUAAAUUUAACAAAUAAUUCCAUAUCAGUAAAUUCUAAAGAUAAAAAGGAAUUUGAAUCUAUUCAGUCAGAGAUACAUUUAAAAGAUUCCAAAAACUUGAAUUUACCAAAUGAUUCAAUAUUAGAAAAUUCUGAAGAUAAGAAGAAAUUAGAUUCUAAUCAGUCAGAGAAAGAUUCCCAAAACUUGAAUUUAUCAAAUAGUUCUAUAUCGUCAAAUUCCGAAGAUAAGAAGGAAUUUGAAUAUAUCCAGUCAGAGACACUUCUAAAGUUUUUUUCAGAACAAACAAAUGAAAAUUCUAAAGAUUCUCAGCCUAAUUCAGAUUCAGAUUCUAUUAUAAAUUCUUUUGAAAAAAAAUCGGUGAAAAGUAAUAAAAAACAAAAGAUAAAAAAGCUUUCGCCAUUACAAGAAUUUCAACUUAAAUUAGACACAUCUAAAGUAAUGGAUUUAUUUACCAAUAAACCAAAGAAAAUAAAAGUUGAACUUGAACCACCUCAUUUACCAUUUAAACGAGAAUUAAUUCUUUCAAAAGAAUUUUUAGUUAUAUUUCCCAAUGAUGAACAGCCAGAAUCCCAACCACAAAAAUUUCGACGACAUUUAUUCUUAUUUACUGACCUUUUAUUGAUAUGUAAAAAAUCCAAUUCCUCUGAACAAAAAAUAUCUGGAAAAGAAUUUUCAUUAAAUUAUCCACCAUUAAGCGGAAGGCAUCUUUCUAUUUCUAAUGAUGGAAAUAAAAAAAAAAAUCAAGCACCGAAAAGGAUUAAUAGUUCUUAUUCAUCAUCAUUAAUAUUAAACGAUGAUUCGAAAAAAAUUGGUAACAAUAAUACGGAAUCUUCUGUGAUGAACAUAAAAAAGAUAUCAAAUAUCGGAAGUUUACGUAUUAACGCGAAAAAUUAUUUAAGAAAGUCACCAAGUAGAAAAUCAUCACAAAGUGCCCGAGAAAUAUCAAGAAAUCGAGAAAUAACACAACAUAUGAAGAGUCCAAUACCUAAAUUUAUAAUAGAUGAAUCAAUUAUUUACAAAAAAACAUUACAUCAGUCUUUUUUCUGUGAUGUUAAAUAUUAUACCAACAACGGUAAUUAUGAAUCAAUCACAAAUGAUAAAGAUGAUGAAUAUACAGUUGAAUUAAGAUUAACCGAUACCUAUCAGAUUUGUUUAAUUGCUAUAUUAGAAAAAAAUGACGAGAUUUUAUUGCAAAAAUUCAUUAAUUCAAAAAACAGUUCAAUCAAGAAGGAAUCACUAUUUAGGGUUAAUAUUCGCAUUAUAAGAGAUAUUGAUGAAUGUGCAGAAAUUUUUAGAAUAUCUUUAUCAACUCCUCACGAGACUGAAAGAUUUUCUAUUCAAAUGAUGGAAUCUAAAUGUAAAUUAACAUUACCAAAUGAAAUAAGAGAUAAAAUUUUAAUAGACAGUUUUGAAUAA